GAUACUUUAAAGAGACGAAGACCAUACAGAGAGAGAUAUAUGCAUAUAUCUCUAUAUAUAGAUAUUAGGGUUUUUUGGUGUUUUUUUGUUUUGAGGCAGUAAAGGCCAGAUCCCUGCAACAGCGGAACACCAGUCAGCUAGCUGUUGUGUUGAAAUUCAGAUGCAAAUGAUGUCUGGUGAUUCAUUUUCAUUACCAUCCCCACUAGGAGGGUUUGUUCUUCAAGACCCACAAAUCCCAAACCCUAAAUCUAAUUCAGCAGCCAAGAAGAAGAGAAAUCUACCAGGAACACCAGACCCAGAUGCAGAGGUCAUUGCUCUAUCUCCCAAGUCUCUCAUGGCCACAAACCGGUUCAUUUGCGAUGUAUGCAACAAAGGAUUCCAAAGAGACCAGAACCUACAACUCCAUAGAAGAGGACACAAUCUUCCAUGGAAGCUAAAGCAAAGGACAAACAAAGAAAUCAAGAAGAAGGUCUACAUAUGCCCUGAAAAGACAUGUGUUCACCAUGACCCAUCAAGAGCUCUUGGAGACCUCACUGGGAUAAAGAAGCAUUUUAGCAGAAAGCAUGGAGAGAAGAAGUGGAAGUGUGAUAAGUGUUCGAAGAAAUAUGCUGUUCAAUCUGACUGGAAAGCUCACUCCAAGACUUGUGGGACUAGAGAGUACAAAUGUGAUUGUGGAACCUUAUUUUCCAGGAAAGACAGCUUCAUAACACACAGAGCAUUUUGUGAUGCAUUAACUAAAGAGAGUGAAGUAGAACUUACUCCAGUAGCAGCAGCAGCAGCAGCAGCGACAGAUCUCAAUUUCAGUGGAAAUGGCACAGUGAACAUGUCACAUGGAUUGCAAUUGUGGCUAAACCAGGCUGCAAAUUCACAUAUCAAUAUUCCAAACAAUCUUUAUGCAGCAGCGAGUACUAAUUUGCCCGAUAUGGUGCAAUUGGGAUCUGCUAAUCUGACCAACAUUAGUAACCCAUCAAUGCCGCCAUUGCAGUCUCAUGGGUUAAAGGAGGAAAGCUCGAGCUGCCUAUACUCUGAUACCCAGAUCUUCAAGCAAUCAAAACCACCUCCUGCUCCUAUGUCUGCCACAGCUUUAUUACAAAAAGCAGCCCAAAUGGGUUCUACCAGAACCAACAAUAAUUCCAUUUUUGGUGCAGUGUGUUCUUCUUCUCCUUCUUCAUCGUCCAGGAGUGAAUUGCAGAGGGUUUUUCAAAAUGCUAAGCCAAUAAACAGAGUUGAUCAAGAAGUAUUGCUCACAAGUGCAUCGACUAGUACUGCUACUCUGGAUCAGCUGAUGAUUCAGAGUCAGAAAGUACAGAUUGAUCAUCAGAUGCGUAGUUCUUUCGAGAAUGGUCUUACUAGAGAUUUUCUUGGCAUGAGUGGAGAUUCUAGUCGUCCGUUCUUAGCACAAGAGCUUGCAAAGUUCGCUUCCAUGAGCUCGGCGAUGGGGGUUGAGCCUAUUCAGUGGCAACCAUUCAAAUCUUAGCCAGUUAGAGUUACAGCUGGAACCAAAGCAGUAAAUCAGUAAUGAUAGAGAUCUCAAACCGCAGGUAUUUCAAUUAUCUCAAUUGUUACCGUAGGUAUUUCAAUUAUCUCAAUUGUUGAAUUAUACGCAUAAAAUUUUGUGCGCAUCGUGUGAUGCGAUCGAUAUGUUGAGAGUUCACUUGAAUCAUGUGCUUC